AUGCCGAGGGGCUUCCUGGUGAAGCGAACCAAGCGCUCGGGCAGCUCCUACCGCGCGCGCCCGGUCGAACCGCUUUUCCUUCCUCCGGGUCCCCUCGUGGCGCAACCCUCGCCGGGGGAGCCCGGUCGAGGGCUGUUGGGAUCCUCCUGCCUAGCACCCACGCAGGACGGCUCCGAGUGGGGCGCGGGUGGCGGCGACGGCCCCGAUCCCAGCCCCGCGAGGCCGGCGGGCCCCGAGCUGCGCCGCGCGUUUCUGGAGCGCUGCCUGCGCUCGCCGGUCUCCGCAGAGUCCUUCCCCAGCGCCACCGCCUUCUGCUCCGCGGCGCCCGCGGCCGCGACCUCGGGGGAGCAGUUGGUGCCGCCGCGGGUCCCUGUAUCUGUCCCGGUCCCCGUCCCCGUGCCCGCCCCGCAAGGCCUCCAGCGCCGCGGUAAGGGUGUCCCAGGCUGCGCCUCAGCGCCCGCAGCCGUCAGGAAACCUAAGGCGGUGAGGAGGCUGAGCUUCGCAGAUGAGGUGACCACAUCCCCGGUGCUGGGUCUGAAGAUCAAAGAGGAGGAGCCCGGGGCGCCGGCACGGGCUCUGGGCGGCGUCCGCACACCGCUGGGGGAGUUCAUCUGCCAGCUGUGCAAGCAGCAGUAUGCGGACCCCUUCGCUCUGGCUCAGCACCGCUGCUCCCGCAUCGUGCGCGUCGAGUACCGCUGUCCCGAGUGCGACAAGGUCUUCAGCUGCCCCGCGAACCUCGCCUCCCACCGCCGCUGGCACAAGCCACGUUCCACGCCUACCUGCGCCGCGAGUAAACCUCUCCACGCGCCUCUGACCCCUCCAGACCCUUCCCUGGCGGCGGGCAAGGAGAACGGCCGUGUGCAGCGGGCCGAUGAUCAGCACCCGCAGGUUCCGGACAGCUCCGGGGACGGUCAGCACCGGGACAGCGCCGCGCGCUCCGGCCUACAGGCUCUAGUGCACCCGGAGGCCGCGCGACCCCAGGCUCCCUACCCCGAGGUGAUUCUAGGGCGCCACGGGCCCGGGCCGAGCGGUACCAGCUCGGGAGCGACAUCCGAGGUCUUCGUGUGCCCAUAUUGUCACAAAAAGUUCCGUCGCCAAGCCUAUCUGCGCAAGCACCUGGGCACCCAUGAGACGGGCUCAGCCUGUGCACCAACCCCGGGUUUUGGCUCGGAACGCACGGCCUCACUCACCUUUGCGUGCCCGCUUUGCGGGGCGCACUUUCCGUCCGCAGAUAUCCGAGAGAAGCACCGGCUAUGGCACGCUGUCCGCGAGGAGCUGCUACUGCCCGCCUUGGUCGGAGCUCCCUCGGAAGCGGGCCCCGGGGGGCCAUCCGAUGGUAGCGCUCAGCAGAUUUUCUCCUGCAAGUACUGCCCGUCCACUUUUUUUAGCUCCCCGGGCUUGACGCGGCACAUCAAUAAGUGCCACCCCUCCGAAAGCCGUCAAGUACUGCUACUGCAGAUGCCACUGAGGCCUGGCUGUUGA